AUGGCGACUAAAAAAAGGGGAGGUACUAGUAAGUCACGUAAACAAACUCAAAGAACAAAGAGUAAAUCAAAGGAUAUAUUGGGUGAGCUUGUGGAUGAAAGUCAAUCAAAAAGUCAACCUUCGAAAAGUAUAUUUACAAGAGACAACAGAUUAUCAAGUUUAUUUUCAUCUCAAGGGGGAUCACAAAGUACAAAACAAGCAUCUAUUUCUUCUGAUGAUGAUUUAUUUAUACGGAGAGAUGUAUCCCCACUACCCAAAAAGAGAAAACUAAACACACCAAUAACUCAAUUUAGUGAUAAUGAUAUACAAUAUAACUUUAGUGAUUCAUCAGAUGAUAUAUUCAAAGCUCAAGUUUCCAAAAAACAACCAAAGAAGAAAUCUCGAAAACAAGAUAACCAAUUAAGAUCACCACUUGGAGAAAAUGAGCAAGAAUUAGAACCAUUUAGGAAAUUAAAUAAAGAAAUACAUCAUAGUCAAAGUCAAAGUAAAAAUGAAAGUCAAAGUAGAAGUCAAAGCAGAAGACUGUCAUAUUACAAUCGUGGGAGAAGAGUAAGUUCAAUAGGUGGGUUUGAUGGUGAACCACAUCAAGAAGUACCAUCAACAUCAUAUCAUAAAUAUAUUGAUAAUUCAGUACCAGAGUCCGAUAGAAUGAGACAAUUACUUAUAUGGAAUUUGAAAGCAGAAUUAGACAUAUAUGAAAAAGAAAUGAAAAAUGAACAAGCUGAUUUUCGUAUUGAAGAUCACACGGUUUUUAAUAUAGCAAGAACAAUAAAAGAAGAAUUGAUACUGCUGUUGAAAGAUUAUUCUAUAUCAAUUGAUUGGAAAGAUACUAAUAUUAAUAAUUCUGACAUUUUAUUACCAAAUCCUCAAAAUCAAACUAAUUUGGAAAAUAUAAGAAUUUAUUCAGAAAAAAUUGAAGAGCUAAAAAGAGAAAAAUUAGAAUGGGAAGAAGCUUUUAAAAAUCAAUCAUUACCAAUGAAUAAAUUGAACAUUAUACCCACAGACGAAGUACAAGUCAAAGAAUUCUCAAAUUAUGUGGAAGAGACUUAUAAUAUUACAUAUGACAACUUGAAAAAUACUAUUCCUUGUGUUGACAAACUAUAUUUUACAGGUUAUCAAAUGGAACAAGCCACAAAAUUAAUCGAAUCUGAGAGAGAUCUAAUGAACAAGAAAGUUUCAAAUUAUAUUAAUAAUCUAACAAUACCACCAAAGGAACCAUCUAGUACGAAAAAUUUGUUAAAAGCCAUAUGUAAAUUGAAGGCACAAUAG